CGAAUCUAUAAAUAGGCGCCAGCGGCCAGCUUACCCAUCCAUCUCCCUCCCUCCCUCGCCAGCUCAAGCUCAAGAAGCUUCACCAAUCUCCCUAGCAAGCUCAAGAAGCUUCAUCCUCAGCUAGAUUAGCGCAUAACAUUCUUGGCCUCUCUUCUUGUCCGUCUCUGUCUCUGCUUCUGCUCAUCCAUCGACCUUUAGCUAGCUCAUCUUGAGAAACCCGAUAGCGCAGAUGGCAAGCAAAUCCGCCGAGCUUCUGUCGAGGAUGGCCGCCGGCGACGGCCACGGCGAGAACUCGUCCUACUUCGACGGGUGGAAGGCGUACGACAAGAACCCCUUCCACCUGCAGGACAACCCCGAUGGUGUCAUCCAGAUGGGCCUCGCCGAGAACCAACUCUCGCUGGACCUGAUCGAGGAGUGGAGCAAGGCACACCCGGAGGCAUCCAUUUGCACGGCGGAGGGCGCCUCGCAGUUCAAGAGGAUCGCCAAUUUCCAGGACUACCACGGCCUCCCGGAGUUCAGACAGGCGAUGGCCCAGUUCAUGGGGCAGGUGAGGGGGUGGAAGGCCAGGUUUGACCCAGAUCGCGUCGUGAUGAGCGGCGGCGCCACCGGCGCGCAGGAGACGCUCGCCUUCUGCCUCGCCAACCCCGGCGAGGCUUUCCUCGUGCCCACGCCUUACUACCCAGGAUUCGACCGCGACUGCUGCUGGAGGUCGGGGGUGAAGCUGCUGCCGAUCGAGUGCCACAGCUCCAACGACUUCAAGAUCACCAGGGAGGCCGUGGUGUCGGCGUACGAGAGCGCGCGGAGCAACGGCGUCCGCGUGAAGGGCAUCCUCAUCACCAACCCGUCCAACCCGCUGGGCACGACCGCGGACCGGGCCACGCUGGCCAUGCUCGCCACCUUCGCCACGGAGCACCGCGUCCACCUCAUCUGCGACGAGAUCUACGCGGGGUCGGUGUUCGCCAAGCCGGAGUACGUGAGCAUCGCGGAGGUGAUCGAGCACGACGUCCCCGGCGUGGUCGACAGGGACCUGAUCCACAUCGCCUACAGCCUCUCCAAGGACUUCGGCCUCCCGGGGUUCCGCGUCGGCAUCGUCUACUCGUACAACGACGCCGUGGUGUCCUGCGCGCGCAAGAUGUCCAGCUUCGGGCUGGUGUCGUCGCAGACGCAGCUCUUCCUGGCCAAGAUGCUCGGGGACGAGGAGUUCAUGGCGCGGUUCCUGGGCGAGAGCGCGCGGCGGCUGGCGGCGCGGCACGAGCUGUUCACGUCGGGGCUGCGCGAGGUCGGCAUCGGGUGCCUGGGCGGCAACGCCGGGCUCUUCACGUGGAUGGACCUGCGGGGCAUGCUCCGGGAGAAGACGGCGGAGGCGGAGCUGGAGCUGUGGCGGGUGAUCAUCCGCAAGGUGAAGCUCAACGUGUCGCCGGGGACGUCGUUCCGGUGCCGGGAGCCCGGGUGGUUCCGCGUCUGCCACGCCAACAUGGACGACGAGACCAUGGGGGUGGCGCUGGACCGGAUCCGGCUCUUCGUGCGCCAGCACCAGCAGCAGAAGGCCAAGGCCCGGCGCUGGGCAGCCAGGGGCCAGCUCCACCUCAGCCUCCAGCGCCACGGCGCCAUGCCUUCGCAGUACCACGCGCUCUCCAGCCCCAUGGCAGCGCUGCUGUCGCCCCAGUCUCCGCUCGUCCACGCCGCCAGCUAAGUCACUAGUCACCACGGUCGGUCAAGUGAGCCGUACGUACGUACACGCUUUUUUCGAUCACAUGCAUGCAUGCAUGCAGGGGCCUGGCCUUGGUGUCUGGGCGCUCCGCUGGUGCAUACAUGGAUGCGAUUGUUUGGGAAGGUUUAGGCAUGCAAAAUGCAUGCGGAUGCAGCAUGUAGCUGUAGAUUAACGUUUUACCUACUGAUGUAGGGUAAGCCGUGUGUUACCACGUAGGAUAUUACGAUCCUCUUUGUUUUGCUUGUUUAUGGUUUGGUCUGGUCUGAUCGGAUCAAGGCUUCCCGAUCAGGUGCUGUAAUAAACUUGUACACUGAGGUACAAGAUUGAUGUUGUA